AUGUCUGGCCCGGCUGUCUUCAAGUCCACCACACUCAAAUGGAAAGAGACCCUUCUGAGCCGGAAGAGGCCCUUUGUUGGUCGAUGUUGUUAUGUCUGCACCCCUCAGAGCCGGGAUAAAUUCUACAACCCCAGCAUCCCCUCGUUAGGUCUGCGGAAUGUCAUCUACAUCAAUGAGACGCACACAAGACACCGCGGAUGGCUGGCUCGUCGCCUCUGUUACGUGCUCUUUGUCCAGGAACGGGACGUCAGCAAGGCCAUGUUCUGCAGCAAUAUGGCGGAGGCGGUGCUGAGCCAGAGCAGGGUGGGAGAAGCCAUAGAAGUUGUAGCAGCAGAGGCCAGUCCUACUGGAACUGCAGAUCCCAAGUCUACCAACAAAGUCAAGAGGAAAGCCAAGAAGAUCCUGCAGGAGAUGGUGGCAUCUAUAUCCCCAACGUUGAUCAGACUGACAGGCUGGGUGCUCCUGAAGCUCUUCAAUGGCUUCUUCUUGAACAUUCAGAUUCACAAGGGGCAGCUGGAGAUGGUAAAGAAAGCGGCCACUGAGACGAAGGUUCCACUUGUCUUCCUUCCUGUUCACAAAUCGCACAUCGACUACCUUCUCCUUACAUUCGUCUUGUUCUGCCACAACAUCAAAGCCCCCCAUAUUGCAGCGGGGAAUAACCUCAACAUCCCCAUUUUCAGUACUUUGAUUCGCUUGCUGGGCGGUUUCUUUAUUCGGCGAAAACUUGAUGAAACUUCAGAUGGCAAAAAGGACAUACUGUACAGAUCCUUACUACAUGGGUACAUCGGGCAGCUCCUUUGCAAGCAUCAGUUCUUGGAGAUCUUUCUGGAAGGAACACGCUCUCGUAGCGGCAAGACCUCCUGUGGCAGAGCCGGCAUCCUGUCUGUCAUCGUGGACACGCUGUGCGACAGCUCUGUCCCUGAUGUACUUGUUAUACCUGUGGGGAUAUCUUAUGACCGCAUCAUUGAGGGACAUUAUAAUGGAGAGCAGCUGGGAAAGCCCAAGAAAGACGAGAGUCUGUGGAGUGUGGCCAGAGGGGUGUUCAGAAUGCUGCGCAAAAACUAUGGCUGCGUACGAGUGGACUUUGCCCAACCAUUCUCUCUGAAGGAAUAUCUGGAAAACCAGAGACAGAAGCCAUCACCCGCACCUCUUCGCUUAGACCAAGCUCUGCUGCCCGCCAUCCUCUCAUCCAGAGCCACAGAUGCCGUGACCGAGAGCGUUCUAAUUUCUAAUCCUGACCUGAAAUUGGACGGCCCAUUCAGGAGGCAGAUAAUCUCCAGUCUGGCCAAUCAUGUCUUGUUCACUGCAGAUCAGUGCUGCGCUGUGAUGUCGACGCACAUAGUGUCCUGCCUUCUCUUGUACCGCUAUCGAGAGGGUGUCAGCCUGUCCCUGUUGGUGGAGGACUUCUUCUCUAUGAAGGAGGAGGUCUUGGCUCGGGACUUUGAUCUGGGGUUUUCGGGAAGCUGUGAGGAUGUGGUCAUGCAUGCCAUCCACCUGUUGGGCAACUCUGUGAAUAUCACCCACACUGACCCCCGGCAGCGAGUUCUUCAUCUCACCCAACACCAACAUCCCGGCUGUCUUCGAGCUGAACUUCUACAGCAAUGGUGUCCUCCAUGUCUACCUCACAGAGGCCAUUGUGGCCUGCGCGUUACAUAUCGAACUGAAGAGGAGGUCAGAUGGGACAACAGGUGCUGCUGACGGAACGAUUAGCCAGGAGAGACUCCUCCGCACCGCCGCUGCCUUGUGUUACCUCCUUUCCAAUGAAGGAAUGAUAGCUCUGCCCUGUCAGAUGUUCUACCAGGUUUGUCAUGAGGCUGUCCAGCGCCUGGUCACUUACGGGAUAUUCUUGGUUGCCGAGGAUGACCAAGAAGAUGCCAGUCCUGGUCUUUCUGAGCCCACAUGGGAUAGCAAGAUCCCGGAUCGUGUGCAGUGGAGGAGCGAUGAGGAAGACGAAGAUAGCGACUUUGGAGAGGAGCAAAGAGACCGAUAUCUGAAGGUCAGCCCAUCACAAAAGCAUCAGCAGUUCCUGUCCUUCCUGCAGAGACUCCUCGGCCCCAUCCUCGAGGCUUACAGCUCUGCUGCCUCCUACAUCUAUGGUUUCAGUGGUCGUGUUUCAGAGAGGGAGCUAAUCCAGAAUUUGCAGAAGUACCUUCUGGCCAGGACAGAGCGAAGAGUCGCCAUGUAUUCGGAGAGCGCCACCUUUUGUCUCGCAAGAAAUGCUGUGAAGACCUUUGUAGACCUCGGAGUGUUCCAGGUCUGCAAGGAAAACCGUGACCGCAUUCUAGAACUAAGCAGCACCUUCCUACCUCAGUGUAACCGCCAAAAGCUUCUGGAGUUCAUCGUAAGCUUUAUGGCUCUGUAG